UCUCAAUAUAAACACCGCCGGGAGUUUCCGAAGAAUCACAUUCAGCCGUUCAAGACUGUACAAUGGUUAACAUGAGCUAUCACCAAUUUCUACUAAAAUAUCCACAUUCGAGCUCAAGACAGUCGAGACGGCGAACGAAUAAACGAAAAAGGGAUUGUUGGGACAAGCUAUCUCCAACAAAUUGGCAGACUUGAUUAACAGAGACUUUUCUAAAGGUCCAGUGUGAACCGUGUGGCCGAGUACCUGUGUGUUGCGACUGACUGGCGAGAUGACUGCCGAGUGGCUACACCUGCCCCCGCCGUACCCCCCUGGCGUGGGGCCGCUGUGUGGUGCAGAGUUGGAGGCGUGGUAUGAGGACCUGCAGGAUAUUCUGGGCUCCGACACGGGAGGGGCAAAACUGGCACGUGCCCCCACAUGCACCGAGAAAGAGCCGGAGUUUCUGGAUGUUCUGGAGAGUUGUUCCCUGACGUGGCUAACGGACGGAGGCCAGACGUGGGGCGAAGGGGUCCAGAGGACAAAAGAGCAGAUCCACAACCCCCAGCCUCUGCACCACACCUCCUCCCCAUCAUCCUCUUCCUCCUCCUCCUCCUGCAUGAGUCCAGCAGUUGCAGAGGAGCAGCGGCCAGAGGCUGAGAGUGGGAGAAGUGGCGAGAGUUCCUCAGGAGGCGGCAGUGAUCUGCUGCCUCCUGAGUUUUUCGAGUUGCUGAGUGAAGGAGGAGUGGGAAUGGUGGAUCCGAGCGGAGCAGUGAUCAGCGGUGGCUAUUAUUACCACCACCAUCACCAAGCUAAUAAUGUCUGCCCUGCGUCCCCCUCAGCCAGCGAGGAGGAACUGCCCUGUGUCCCCGAUUCUCCAUCCAGCUCCUCCUCAGCCUCCCAGUCCCCAUCUCACAAUUGUUCUUCUCCCUCCUCACCCGUUUCUUCUCCCUCUGACUACCAGUCCUCCCGUCUGGGAAAACGCAAAAGGACAACCAGCGAAAGGACCAACUGUGCCUUGUCCUCUUUUGCCUCCUCCACACAGCUCACAUCCUCAUCAUUCUCAUCUGCCAAAAAGAGUCGCAAAGAGAAAGAGCAGGAGAACGAGAGGAAGGUACAGGAGCUGACUGAGCAGAACGAGCGCUUGAAAUCUGAAAUUGACAGGCUGGGAGAGGAGGUACAAAGGACACGUAGAGCCCUGAUAGAGAGACUAGUCAACACCAGGAAAUGAGAAGAAUGAUGCACAGGAUGGAAGAGAGAAAUGAAAGAUGACAGUUCCUACAGAAUUGGAUUAAGCAGUGGUGGGAAACAGGUCAACAUGAAAUGCCUCUUAGAAAGGAAGGAAACCAAAGAUAUAUUUUAUAAGCAAGAGGAUUUUUGGGAAAACACAGAGCUUAAAAUGGCAAGUAGUAGUGAAAGUGAUGAAAGUCAAGACGAGAAGGGGCUGCAACAGCAAUGCGGCAAAAUAAAAGACACAGCAUGUAUAAAGGAAGAACAGACAGCUCUAAGUGCAAAUGAUACUGUGGUUUUGAAGAAUGUUUUUUAAAGAAUGCCUAACACUAAGUUCAAUUAAAUAAGAUAGCAGAAAUUGUUACGAGCAUUGGAUUUUUUUGUACGUUGAACAAAAAGGAAUUGAAUUGAGAGAGUGCAUUUCAUUGUCAUCCAUUCCCACCAUUUUGCAAUAAUUGUAACUCCUACGUUAAGGGCUGCGAUUAGGCUAGCAGAGAUUAUUUGCCCCAAUUUGUGGAGACUAUAGGAGCUCAGGAAAAGUCUGAAAGUGCCCAGUGUGAGUAUGAGAGAAUGAUUUUUUUUUUGUUGAGAUAAUUCAUAAUCUUUCUUACUUUUGUAUAACCCAUGGCUUGUGUGUAUGUGUAUUUAGAUAAAGUUAGUAGGACCCGGCUAUACUUUGUCAGCUGAACCUUUUCUAUCAAUAUGGGGAUUUGUAGAAUAAUAACCACAAAUUGUUAUACCCUGAUUUACUAUUUUUAUAUAACACUGUAAUACAUAUACUGUAAUGGCUUGUACUGUAUAAAGCCAACAUAUCAUCUGUUAUUUUCCCAUUGCAUUCACAAAAACUGUUAAAAGUAGAAUAAUACCGGUAUGCAUGUCGUUUACCAUUGAUAGCAUUAAAUACAUGUAUUUUCCCAUACCGUUUAUUUUAUCCCUCAUUGUAAUCCCAAAUUUGCAAUAAAAGAAACAAAUGUG